AUGAAGAUACUUUAUUUACUUAUCAUGGGUUUUGUCUACAAUUUAGUUUUAGGCAUCCAUGCGCAAGAAAAUGCUGUGCGUACUCUUCCAACUUCUCUUCGUGAAUGUUAUGAAAAUAAAUAUCUUUUAGAAAGGGAUAAUAGAUUACCCCAUACUUUAAAUACACUUAUAGCAAUAGUGCGAAAAAUUGAAAAUUCAGAAGGAUUGAAUAUGGACCUUAGAAGUUUGUCUGUCGCAUUAUUACAUCGUUUUCGCCAAGAUGGUAUACGUCCAAACCCAUCUGUGGUAUCACAAGAUGGAAUAUCUCCUUACGCGCCAACUGGUCACGAAUUUUUUCGUCAUGCAAAAACACUUCGAUUUAUACAAGGAAAUGCAAUGUUGUUUCCUAAUAACAGUAUUACUGCUGUUGAAAGAUGUACUCUGCAUUUUAUGCUGUCAAGUAGCGUAAACAUUUUUGAAAGAGGCGAUGAAGGAACAGUUUGCAGAUCUGCGAAUAGUGCAUACAGAAAUAUUAGAAGUAUUGAUAAAAAUGAUAGUAACAAUACAAAAAAUAUUAAUGACGAUGUUGAAACUUUAUCUCCAGAAGAAAUAGAAACAAUAAAAAAUAGAAAAGAUUCAACGGAAAAUGCAGUAGAUCCUAAUUCAUUCUAUCCAGAAUUGCCACCAAAUCAUCCUGAUAAAGGAAGAAUAUUUGCUCUACCACCGCUAAGUAAAUGCCCUGUUGAGAAUGGAGUAAUUAAGACUCCUUGGGGAUCAAUUUCUGGUGGCUCAAUUCUUGCUGGUAUAGCUGCAGCAGUACAACCAGAAAAUAUUAUACUUCGAGAUGUAUUGAAAGAUGAAAUACUACAAACUACAUAUUCAUCUGAUAUAACUUUAGAUAAUAAGUGGAUAGCCACAUUAGCUGGAGACUUAGCUGAAGUUGCGCUUAUGCAAGGUCCUAGAGGAGAAAAAUUACAAGUAGGAGUAAAUGGAGAUUGGAAUUCUACUGCAAUGCCACGUUGGUAUUUUCUAAAUUCUAAUGAGAAACUUCAAUUUACGACUGCCGAAAUUAGAGGAGAUCUGGAUGGAUUGAUUCUUGCUAAUGAAGUUAAAUCGUGGUAUUCAAAAAUACCUAGCUUACGUCUUUCUCAAAUUUUGGAUAUGUAUUACAGUGCUCCAGGCUUAUUUAAUUCUACAAUUCGAGCAUGUAAUCGUAGAUCGUUGUUUAGAUAUGUUGCACCUAAUUCUACAUUAUCUGCACAGGCAUACAGCGCAUCUUUAGUAUUAAGUGAAAAUUUAGCAAAAGCCACACUAAAACCACCUAUUAUAGAAAAAUUUGCAGUUGAUGCUGCAAAUGAAUUAUCAACAUAUAUACCUUCAUCAAUGAACCAAGAUUUAUCAUGUCAAGAGACAGAUCGUCUAUUUGAUUCGACUACAGUUUCUGUGGACUUGACUAUUAUUCUUGAUACAAAUUGGCCUUUUAAAUUAGUACAACUCAUAUUAGCGCAUAUGUUAGAAAAUACGGAGAUUAAUCAGUUCAAUAGUAAUUUUACUAUACUUAAUGGCUAUGAUGGAAGUAUAAUAAUUAAUAGUACCAAUACUAUUUUAAAUUUCAACAGUUUUAAUUCUUCUAAUUAUUCUAAUGUUCAUAAAGGUUUAAACCUAUCUAAGUCACUUCAAAUGUUAAGAACUUUAGAGCAAGAUAAAUUAAAUAGAGAGCAUAGCGAAGGUAUUGGAGGAAAAGCAUCAGAUGUAGUGUUAAUUAUGCCAUAUAAUGCACAGUUAUCGCAAUCUGAUAAAGAAUAUUGUUUAGAACAACUCAAAUAUAUGCGUGAAGAAAUUCCAGAUGCAACCAUCCUCAUUUUAACUUAUGGAUCAAAGGAUACAUGGGCAAAUAUAGUACAAGAUUCUACAUCAGAUUUGUUCUCAGUUGGACAGGCAGAUACUAGAGAUGGUUUAGCACCACUUGAUAAACUUAUUUCAAGAAUAAAACAAAUUCCUAAAAGAUUAAUUAACACACAAUGUGGUGCAAAUUAUGUUUCAAUUGGAACUUCGAAUUCAUUUGUGGAUUAUGUCCAACCACAGGGAAUAAACUUUUAUAGACUUCAUCCUAAUUAUUUCUUUUCUCAUGAUACUACAGCUACAGUAAAGAUUUUAGGAUCUGGUUGGGGAUCUUUAACAGUAUGCACAUCAAGAAAUCUAUUAUAUGUUAAUACAACAAAAGCUAAUCAAGAAGUUUCUUGCACAUCAAUAAGUAACAACGAACAUAGUGUUUCAGUUUCUUGUGGCGAUGCUACAUUUAUUCAUGAAUGUCAACCACUAUAUAUAUCUGUAACUGCUAAUGUUUCUGAUAUAUCAUAUCAAUGCACAGAUCCAAGCAGGUGUAGAUAUCCACAUAUGAUAAAGUAUACUAUUUCAUACGAGCAUUUAGUAUGCACAAGUAGUGCAAAUAAAAUGGCAAUCAAUUCUAUUGCUUUGAUAAUAAUAGCAAUGUAUUGUCUUUUAUCAAAUAUCAGAUCUUAUUAAAAAAAGUUAUUUAUAACAAAAAUAAUCUAUGAUUCAAACUAUCAAAUAAUAAGUUUUUAAAAAAAUCAUUAUAAAAUUUAAUU